UUUCUUUCUUCCUUCUCUCCACCUCUUCCCCCCUCCCCAAAUUCGCGUCGAACGAAUUCGUUAAAUAAUCUCAGAAAACACACGAUUGACUGGAUCGAAGGGAUUAAAACGAGAACGUUCAGAUCCUGUGAUCAGGUCUCGGGGCUAAUCGUGUGAUACUUCGGCGUGCUUUGGCUUGUGAUUCAGUGAUAUAGGGUUUCGGAUCUGGAGAAUUAGUUCUCCCGACUUCCGAGUCAGACCAUGAAUGAGCAGAUGAUGCGACCUACGGCGCCGCUGCCGUUCCACCAGAUGUGGGCGGCGGUGCCGGCGAUGGAGCCUCCGGUGGCCGCGUUCAAGCCGGCGCGGCAGGCGUGGAAGCGGGCGGCGCGGACGCCCUGGAAGCGCAAGGCGCAGCCGCCGGCGCCGCCGGCGUCGGUCGGCGGCAGGUGGGGCGGCGCGGCGGCCCCGCGCAACACGACGUCGUUCCUCAUCCGUGCGAAGCGGGCGGGGGGCGUGGCGUCGCUGGUGUCGCCGUGCCCCGUGACGCCGGCGGUGCUUCCGACCCCCGUGCUGUCGCCGGCGCGGGAGGUGCUGGUGGAGAUGGCCAAGGAGGCGUGGGGCGUGGACGGGUACGGGUCCAUGAAGGGCCUCAUCCGCCUGCGCGCCGACGCCGGGGACGCCGGCGGCGACGACUCGGGCUCCGGCGAGAGCGAGGUGGAGGAGCACGUCGAGGUGGAGCGCCGCCUGGACCACGACCUCAGCCGCUUCGAGAUGGUCCACCUCCCGGCCGCGGCCGCGGCCUCGGCCGCCCUGGGCGAGGAGGACGACGAGGCGCGCGCCGCGAGGCUGGAGGAGGAGAACCUGACCCUCCGGGAGCGCCUCUUCCUGAUGGAGCGCGACAUGGCCGACCUCCGCCGGCGGCUCGUUGCCGUGGAGGAGCUCUGCCUGGUGGACACCGCCGACGAGCUAGUGCCCUCUGAGAGCGCGGCCGCCGUCGCAUGCCCCGGUGCCCGCGACGAGACCUACACGGGGGACGCCAUGGUCAUGGAGAAGUAAAGCUUACAGCACUGAAACUGUACAUACGGUUUCCAUUUCCCUGUGUAGUCAUGGAGCAGCAGCAGUAGCAGCUUCUUUAGAGUUACUCAUCUGGUUAGUUUGACAUCGUCUAGCUUGAUUCCGUUUCAUGUCCCUUGUAGAAAGAACCAUCAGUCAGGAAAGCCCGUGGUCGACGAUGGAAUGUGCGGGGAGGAGCACGAGAUCCUGGUGUCCUCCUCCUGCUCGUCCAGAUCCUCAACCACUUGUAGUCCCGAACUCUUACCAGCCCUUUUUAGUGCAGUCAGUAACCUGUUGUUUUUGUUGUUAAGAAAAA